CUUCAGAAAGGGGCGCGGCCUCAGAGUUACCUGUGAUGAAGACAUCUGGCUGCUCACGCGGAGUAGAUGAUGCUGAAAUCAGAUCGACGAGCAAACACACAGGUGUUGAACGCGAGUGUGUGAACAAAACGGCUUUGUCUUCAGGGAAAAUAACGCAUAAGCGUGUAACUGGUGUCAUACGUUCUCAGCUAGGAUGGCUGCCGACUCCACCAUGAGAUCUGAAGUGGAGGAGCUGCAGAGGAGGGCCAAUCAGGUGACAGAUGAGUCCCUUGAGAUCACUAGAAACAUGAAGCUUCUGUUGGAGGAGAGUAAAGAUGCAGGAAUCAAGACACUUGUUAUGCUGGACGAGCAGGGAGAGCAACUGGACCGCAUAGAAGAGGGCUUGGACCAGAUCAACAAGGACAUGAAGGAGGCUGAGAAAAAUCUCACUGACAUGGCCAGGUGCUGUGGUCUGUGCAUCUGGCCAUUUACAAAACUAAAGGACUUUGAAGCAAGUGGGGCAUAUAAGAAGGUUUGGGGUAAUAAUCAAGAUGGGGUGGUGUCUAGCCAGCCCUCUUCUCGAGUUGUGGAUGAAAGAGAGAAGAUGACCAUGAGCGGUGGAUAUAUUAGAAGAGUGACAAACGAUGUAAAGGAGGAUGAAAUGGAGGAAAACUUGGCACAGGUCGGCAGUAUCCUCGGCAACCUCAGAAGCAUGGCACUUGACAUGGGCAAUGAAAUCGACACUCAGAACAUCCAGACUGAACGCAUACAGAGCAAGGCCGUGGUCAAUGAAUCCCGCAUCAGUGAGGCCAAUCAGAGAGCCACAAAGCUAAUAGCAAGAUAAAACCAUCCGAUUUUCCUUUGUUGAACACGUUUACAAUCUUCUGUAGGAAAAUGUGCGCACAUAUUGAUACAAAAUAUUAAGUUGUUCUUCUUUUAAAUGACUAUUUACAGAAUUUGGAUUAUCACCUACUGAUAUCAGUAAGUUAUUAUAAUUAUUAUGUUUCAACAACAUAGUUCUUCAAUACGUUAAGCAAAAAUUGAAUGAAUGUUAAUAUAUUGUCUCUAGUCUGUGCUGAAAUUAUAAUUUAAUCAUGUAUUGUACAAAAUAGCACUGCUGUCUUCGUUUUUUAAGCCUGCAGAAGACUUUUCAUGGGAGAUAACACUAUUCAUAUAGUUUUCACAUGACGUCACACCCUUACAGGAAAACCCACUUGGAAGGCAAAACAAGGCUUUCCUCCGCUGACCGCCAGUUAUUUAUGAGGAUUGCAUUAAGUAGUAAUGUUGUAAGACAGUGAUAUUUAAAGGGCAAAUUCAGUACACACCUUAAUGAUGAUACAGACUUAGCACAGGCAAGCAGAUGAAACCACAAUAUAAACGCAAUGCGUGAAGAAUCACAUUAAAUGUUUUUCCAUAAAAAAACCAUUAUAAAGAAAACACUUAACCAUUUAGAACAUUGCAUUCAUAUUGCAAGCUCAUCUGCUUGCCUGUAUAAAGCAUUCAUCACCAAUAAAGUGUAAACUGAAUUUGAUCUUUAAUAUCACCGUUUUAAAGGCACUUUAAGUGUUUUCACAUUAAACUUCUUAGUCACACAGUUUUUAAUUGAAACAUUGCGGCGGGUGUUUUAUAUGUAUUGCAAAUGGAUAAAACUUGCAUUUUGUUUACAUCUUUGUUUCAUCCUGAAAGAUGAUCUAAAUAUUUGUGUAUUGGAAACAAAUGGAAAAUUGACAGGCUUGUGCUGCAGUUCUAUGGAUGUUUCCCCCGCCAGGUCUUCGAGCCAGUCACGUGAUUGAAAAAUAUGAAUUCAGACAAAGCAGUGUCUUGAAAUUGUAUUGGUAAAUGUAUUUAUUU